AUGGAUAUCGGCAAGAAAAAAGACUCAGAUCUUACGGCACCGACGCCGCAAAACACGCCACUGAACACAGCACCCCUUCAACGUGAGGCGCUGGCUCUCCCCACAGUAGGCACAAUCGGAGAAGAGGAUGAGACGGCGGCCAACGUGGCUGCUGCACUCCCCAAUGCUGCACUGACUGGUCUGAUCCAGAACCGCCUCUCGAGCUUGGUGGGGCUGUCAUCUGGCUACAUUGAGUCGCUCCCUGAGGAGGUGCGUCGUCGUGUGGAAGGUCUGAAGGGCCUCAAUGUCGAGCACCAGAAGCUGGAGGCAGAGUACCAGCGUGAGAUUCUGGCGCUGGAGAAGAAGUUCUCGGAGCGUUACAAGCCUCUGUACGAGCGCCGUCAAAAGAUCGUUCUCGGUGAACUGGAGCCUACUGCAGCCGAAGUUGAGGCGGGUGAGAAUGCUGACUCGCUGGACGAAGACGAAGACGACGAAGAUGAGGAGGAUGAGGAGGACGAGGAGGACGAGGAGCCACGCGCGAAAAAGUCGCUGGCGAACAUCUCGAUCAAGACGGAUGCGCCGAAGGGUAUUCCUGAAUUCUGGCUUACUACGCUGAAGAACCAUGUAGCGCUCUCGGAGCUGAUCACAGAGCGUGACGAGGAGGCGUUGCGCCACUUGAUUGAUGUGCGUCUGCGCUACCUGGAUGCGCACCAGAAUGCGGCGCCGGGCCAGGCGCAGCAGGGCUUCCAGCUGGACUUUGUGUUUGACGCGAAGAACAACGAGUUCUUCAGCAACGAGGUGCUGACCAAGACGUACUUUUACCAGGACGAGGUGGGCUUCUCUGGUGAUCUUGUGUAUGACCACGCGGAGGGUGUAGAGAUCGCUUGGAAGUCGCCCGAGUGCAACUUGACGCACCGCGUCGAGACCAAGAAGCAGCGCAACAAGAACACGAACGAGACGCGUACAGUGAAGCGCCUGGUGCCGACUGACUCGUUCUUCAACUUCUUCUCGCCGCCUGUGCCGCCGCGUGACGAUGAUGACGCGGACGACGAGGAGCUCGACUCGCUGGAGGAGCGUCUUGAGCUGGACUACCAGAUUGGAGAGGAUCUCAAGGACCGCAUCAUUCCUCAUGCGAUUGACUUUUUCACUGGCAAGGCGUUGCGGUAUGAGCAGCCUGACUGGGAGGAUGAGGAUGCGUUUGACGACGACGACGAUGACGAGUACGACGACGACGACGACGACGACGACGAGGACGGUGCGGCGGCGCCGGCCCGUCAGGACCCGCAGGAAUGCAAGCAGCAAUAA